AUGACUCAUCCUAAUCUAUCUAUCUAUCUAUCUAUCUAUCUAUCUAUUAUAGCUAAGAUGUUAUAUUCGUCAUUGCAAUUGGUUCCCCAAAACGAAAAUUAUUUAUUACUCAACCUAAUUAAUCUAUCUAUCUAUCUAUCUAUCUAUCUAUCUAUCUAUCUAUCUAUCUAUCUAUCUAUUAUAUGUCAGAAAGAUAUAUUCGUCAUUACAAUUGGUUCCCCAAAACGAAAAUUAUUUAUGACUCAACCUAAUCUAUCUAUCUAUCUAUCUAUCUAUCUAUCUAUCUAUCAGUUUCUCUUUUUGCUCACUCUCUCUCACUCUAUCUAUCUCUUUCUCUCUCUCUCUCUCUCUCUCUCAUAUCGAUUUUACUUCCUCAUUCUCUCUCACACAUCUUAUCCCUCUCCUCUUUCUUUCCCUCCCUUCUUUCUCUUUAAUCUCUCCAUCUUUUUCUCCCUAUCGAUUUUUUUCGUUUCUUUGCCUUCUCUUUUUCCUGGGUUUCCGCCAUCAUAUAGCCAUAUCUUCCGCCAUCUAAAGAAGUACAUCAGGUUAUCUUCCGUCUGUCCAUAUCUAUCUAUCUAUCUAUCUAUCUAUCUAUCUAUCUAUCUACCUAUCUAUCCUUCAAAAGAGAAAAAAAUGCAAGGAAAGUAG